UCAACCACAUUAUCAAUAUCAUUCAUUCAUUGCAAAUCGCUGAAGAGGAUUAUUUCUAGUAAUAUUCUCAUAAAAUUGAACAAAAGUGCAGUAAACGUAUCUCUAGUAGGUUGGUAAAUCGUUUCUGGGAAGAUCUUUUGAUCGUGUUUCAACUUUCACCGAUACCUUUAUCCGUUAGAAAAGAAGUACUUAAAUGAAUGUACCUAGGGUGGACCCUUUUCUUCGAAAUUCUUACCUAAUUACUUGGGGACAACCUAUAUAAGAAAAUGGAUCCUUCAUUUCAAACCAUUUCUAGUUGUGAGCAGGUCCUGUCACAAACCAUAAGCGUAUACCUCCCUAGUGGCUGUCUUCAUUUCAAGUUCCAGUAGAAUUCACAUUUUUGUUGAAGAUGCCUUUAAUCAAUUUACAAUCAUCCGAAGGGGAUGUAUUCUCAGUCGAAGUCGAGGUUGCCAUCGUUUCUUUGACCAUCAAAACAAUGUUGGAUACCUUAGGUAUGGAGGGCAUAGAAUACGAAAUUGUGCCUUUGCCGAACGUAGACUCAGACACUCUAGCGAGGGUGAUAGAUUGGUCAACCUACCAUCAGAAUGAUCCGCCACUUGAGGAAGAUGAUGAAUUCUACCUUUGCGACUGGGAUUAUCAGUUUUUAGAUGUCGACACGGAAACAAUAUUCAAUCUUGCAAGAGCUUCCAAUUACCUCGAUAUUCCAAGUCUGCUCGAGGCUACUAGUGUGGUUAUGGCAGAAAGAAUGUCGUGGAUGUCACCACAUGAAGUUAGUGCCACUUAUAAAAUCAUGACAAACUCUUAA